AAUUGUAGUCAUUAUUAAUAUUCUUGUCAAUAAUUGUAGUUGUAUUAAUAAUUUCACUAAAUUUUGAAUUUGAAUUAAGUUUAAGCAACACCUAUUUGUAUAAUUAGCUAAAAAGCAAUACCUAUUCCAUUAUAAAAAUGGCAGAUUCUGAUAAAGGCAACGAUGCAGCUCUGGAAUGGUUGAAAAAGAAAACGGACAAAGGCCAAAAAGCAGAGUAUCAAAUUAGAGCUGAAAUGGAAGAUGUUGGUAACAAAUUUUUGAGGAAAUUCAAAGAAAACCCAUUAGUGCCCAUUGGUGCAUUGGUCACUGUUGGUUUUUUGAGCGUAGGUCUAAAGAGUAUGUAUGAUGGCAACAGAGUAAGAUCUCAAAUGAUGAUGCGAGGGCGUAUUGCAGCUCAAGGAUUUACUGUUAUAGCUAUAUUGGGCGGUUUGUUUUAUCAAGGGAUGACAGCAUUGAAAGAAACUGAAGAUGACACUCCUCAUGAAGCUGGUUUAAAAUAACGAUUUGUGCUAUGCUGCAUAUUGUUUUACAGUCCAAUUAUUUGUUUUGUUUUUUUUUUUUUUAGUAUUUACAAGCAUUUUACACAGAUUAUUUGUUAACACGGUAUUUAAACAUCGGCGUUCCCAUUUAUCUAAAUAUAUACACAUUAUUAUAUAAUAAGAAAAUAUAAUGUCUUAAGUGGAUAAUCAA